AUGAAAAUUUUCUAUUUUUUUUUUUUAUGUACUUUCCUUAAAAAUGUAAUUUGUUAUACAAGAGAAUUAAGUUUUCAAGAAUUCCAAAAAAUGUUAACAAUAGAAAAAAAUAAUCAAAAGAAAAAUUAUAUUUUAGAUAGUUCAUUAAAUUAUAGAAAUGUUAAAUCUUUUCAAGAUUAUUUAUACCUAAAAACAAAUAAGGAUUUUAUUCUUUAUAUUUAUGCUAAGUGGGAUACUGACUCAAAUAAUUUAAUAACUGUUUUCAGAGAAGUAGCAAGAAUAAUAACUGAAAAUAAAAUAAAAUUAGAUUUUUAUAUUUUAAAUAUUGACAAAAUAAAAGAUCUAUGUAAUUUCUUAAAUAUUACAUCCUUACCUUUAAUAUUAUAUGUUUCAUCAAUUCAUAAAAAGAAAUAUAACUCUUUACUUUAUAAAAUUUUCAACUCAAGUAAAGAUAUAAAAAUAAGCAAUGCAUUCAAAUACAAUGGUGAUAUGUAUUGUUACGAUCAUAUAGCAGAGUGGGUGGAAGCACACUAUUAUUUUACAAAAACAGUUUCAUUAAUUAAAAAUUUAUUCAACAAGAAAAAAUAA